GCAAACACCUCUUGCUUUUUCGGUUUAAAAACUCACAACUCGAAACUUGAAACUUCACUUCCAAAACAGAUAUAUAUUGCAGCUCUCUCCGUCUUCGGUUUUUCAAACCUGUCUUGUAAGGAGCAAAAGCUAAGCCUUCAGCUAUGGAAGAUAAAAUGGAGGGCUCUUCAGAUCAAAGAGAAAUGACUCACCAAGAUAUUCCUGACAGACAGAAGGGUGGACUCAUUACCAUGCCAUUCAUAAUAGCCAAUGAAUCACUUGAGAAGGUCGCAAGUUACGGGCUGGUGCCCAACAUGAUACUGUACCUGAUUAAAGACUAUCACAUGGGAGUUGCUAAAGGCACCAAUACUCUCUUCUUCUGGCAAGCUGCUACCAAUUUCACUCCUAUUUUGUGUGCUUUCGUCUCUGAUUCGUAUCUGGGUCGCUACCUCACCAUUGGCUUGGGGUCCAUUUGCAGUCUAUUGGGGAUGAUACUUUUGUGGUUAACAGCAAUGAUUCCACAGUCAAAGCCUUUCCCCUGCGAUCUAUUGACUCAGAGCUGCAGAUCUCCAACAGCGGCUCAAAUGACUCUAUUAACCUCCUCAUUUGUUCUCAUUUCCAUUGGAGCUGGUGGUGUUAGACCAUGCUCCUUGGCAUUUGGAGCUGACCAAUUGGACAGAAGAGAUAACCCAAAAAAUGACAGGGUCCUAGAAAGCUUUUUUGGCUGGUACUAUGCCUCAGCAGCUAUUUCUGUUCUAAUUGCGUUGACAGGUAUUGUCUACAUUCAAGAUCAUCUUGGAUGGAGAGUGGGCUUUGGAGUUCCAGCAAUCCUAAUGUUGCUCUCGGCUAUCGUGUUUUUCCUUGCUUCUCCCCUCUAUCUCAAGCAGAAAGCAAGCAAGAGCUUGUUUACUGGCUUUGUGCAAGUGGUUGUUGUCGCUUAUAAAAACAGAAAUCUGACAUUUCCACUUCCAAACUCAAGUGGGUGUUACCAUCACAAAAGGGAUUCAAAGAUUGUUGCACCAACUGACAAGUUAAGGUUUUUGAACAAAGCUUGCAUCAUCAGAAACCCCGAGCAAGACAUAGCCGCGGACGGCUCAGCUUCGAACUCAUGGAGUCUUUGCACAGUAGAGCAAGUAGAAGAGCUAAAAGCACUUAUUAAGGUCUUACCAGUGUGGUCUACAGGGAUCAUCAUGUCAAUAAACUUAAGCCAAACUUCAUUCCCUGUGCUCCAGGCUACCUCUAUGGACAGAUACCUUACAAAGAAGUUUCAGAUUCCUGCUGGCUCUUAUGCCAUGUUCAACAUCAUUUCCCUAGCACUAUGGGUUAUUCUCUAUGACCGUGCAAUUCUUCCCAUGGCAUCGAAGAUCAAGGGUAAACCGGUAAGGCUUGGUGUCAAACUAAGGAUGGGAAUUGGGCUAUUUCUUACCUGCAUGGCCAUGGUAGUUUCAGCAAUUGUUGAGAAUGCCAGACGAAGAAAAGCAAUUAGGGAUGGGUUUCUAGACAAUCCUCGUGCAGUUUUGGACAUGUCUGCUAUGUGGCUUGCGCCACAAUUUUGCUUGAAUGGCUUAGCUGAAGCUUUCACCGCGAUAGGGCAGACAGAGUUCUUUUAUUCUGAGGUCCCCAAGAGUAUGUCAAGCAUUGCUGCUGCUCUCUUUGGACUAGGAUUGGCUGUGGCAAAUUUGCUAGCUAGUGUUGUAGUGAGCAUUAUUGAUGACAUUACCUCAAGAGGCGGGAAAGAGAGCUGGGUUUCAAGUAAUAUAAACAAAGGUCGCAUUGACAAUUACUAUUGGGUUCUCGCUGUAUUGAGCUUUAUCAAUCUACUUUAUUACUUUGUUUGUGCCUGGGCUUAUGGACCUUGUGGUGAACAAGUAAAAAAAGUAAGCGAUGCAGGGAAUGGUUUGACAAAGGAAGAAGAGCUGUCUAAUCUAGUGACCAAGGAUAGAGAUGAAGGGAAUGGCUUGAAGGAUGGAGAAGAUCAGUGAUCCAAGGCCCUGACAUCUGCUAGCUUGAUGAGUGUUUCAAGUCUUGGAAUGACUGUUGCAGUUAAAAUAUGCCUGCAUAGUCUGGUGUUUAGUAGCUAGCUAGGAAUAUAGUUUUUGAAACCAUAACAUCAUUCUGCAUCAUCUUUUUACUUGUGUGAAUUUUUCUGAACUCUGUGCCAUAUACCAUUUUUUACCCUCUUUUUACAUUGUAUUUUGUUACAGUAUUUUACUAGAUUGCAGUAUAUAGUGGCUGGUCUGAUGAUUGAGUCUUUGAUUUACCUUAAACAAUGUUUGCAGCUGCUUGAUAACUAAAUCUAUUAAAAAUGUCCUUUUCUUAA